AAUUCCAAUUUUGGUGAAGGAGACGACGGCGGAGUUUGAAAGGGGAAGGAGUAGAAAUGGUGACCGGAGAAGCAUUGAUCGCGUACAGAGCUCUUCUCAGGGCUACAAGAAAAUCAUUCGCCGGUGAUACUGAGAUGCUGAAAGCUUCGGCGUCCGAGAUCCGUAAGAAAUUCGAAGAGAACCGCCUCGUGGCUUCCAACUCCGACAUCACUCGCCUUCUCGAAGAGGCGCGUGAAGCCACGCAGUUCAUUUCCACCAUGAUCGUCCAGGCCAAACUAAACGAACGCGGCGGAUACGAGGUGAAAGCAAGUCAGGAACACGCAGGAGCUACUUUGGAGCUUCCAUCAGAGGAAAUGCUUCGGAAAUAAUCUGUAUGAGUAAAGUUCUAGGUUUCUCUUAUUAGUGUCUCAGUCAUCUUCUUUCUGGUGUGCAAUCCUUAGAUUCUUGUGUUGAGGAGCAUUGUCUUUUGUUUCAUAGGAAUCAUGUGAAUCGCCAUAACCACAUAUACUUUGUUCUCUCAAUUCAUGUGAGUUUGAUUCAAUUCUUUAGCUGUAUUCAUAAAUGCUCACGCAUUAC